AUGUCGACCAUUAGCAAGCAGAAGAACUUCAACACCAUGUACAAAUCCAAAGUAUCGCCUUCCCGCCGCCUCAAGAACCUCCUGAAGCCCCUCCUGGGACACGUCUUCAACCUCAAGAAGGAGCAGCAGCCCAAGAGGAGCUCCUACAUCGCCUCCGAGGAGAAGGAAUGCGAAUUCGAAUGGCUAAGCAAUGACAUGGAUAACAUGGCCAAUGAGCAUCUGGAGAAUCGUCUGCUCGACGAGAUCCGGCAGUGUGCCAAGGAGGAUGCCGUCAUCGUUUACAAUGAGAAUGGAUCCGGUGAACUCCAGCACAUGGACCAGGAGGACUACUAUGUUCCCGUUCACUUUGCUCGCACCAAUGCCGGCACCUUCUUCUGGACCUCCAUUCAACCCAAGUCCUGCGAACCCUACGCCAUCGAGUGGAACUUCCUGGAUCGCUGGGCCCAAGCUUGA